GCUGAUACAAUGCUGCAGCUGGAAGGACAACGUAUUAGCCUCGCUCAGAUCCACAAAGCCCAGCUGGAGCUCAGCAGCGAAAACUUCCAGAGUGAAAAGAAGAGCGAGCUGUGCAACUUCAGAGAGACACUUCUCAGAGACCAGGAAGAGAAAAUAGGAAAACUACAGGACCAGCACCAGAGGGAGCUAGAGAGACUACAUCUGCAAAACACAGGGUGUGAGGAAGCUUCUUGUCUGUAUCUAACACAAAGGCUGAUGAAGAAAAUCUGCGAUGAGUGCGCUGAUAUUAUUCAGGCUGUGCUUGUUGAAGAGACAAAGAAGGAGAACAAGUCACAGCAAGAGAGAAGAGAAGAUGAGAUGACUUGCAGCACAUCCUUAUCGCUGCACAAGACCACAGUGCAAACUCUGCAGAGCAAUCUGAGCACACUGCUGGAGAGGUUUAUAGAAGAAUACAAACAGAUGGCAGAUGUAUCCGCAUAUAUAAGAAAGGUAAAUGCCGUGAUCAUGUGUUCGGCGGAAGAUCUCGCAGAGAACAGAGAACAGCCCGGCAUCCCUCAGGUGAAGCAGAUUGUGAUUGUUUCCCAGGAUUCAGCUCCGAACCCAUCAGAUGUUCAGGAAGGGUUGACCCUGCCAGCAUUGGAGGAGGCCGAGAAGCUUAAAGCCGAGUUCAGCCAGCAGAGAGCACAGCUGGAAGAGAAGCACUCCCAGGAAAUUGAGCAUCUGCGAUCAUAUUUCCAGCAGCAGCUAAAGGAGAAUGAAGAACGUUUCUGCAAAGAGAUAAUUCAUCUGCAGGAGCAGCCCCAGGAUGUCAGCGUCAGCCCUCUGCCGCUCAGGGAUCUGCAUGAGAAUGAAACUGGGUCUGAUCUUGGGUUACAAGAAGCGACCAUAUUCCAGAGUGUUUAUGCUCCAUUUGCUGAUAUGCUGAAGCUUGCUGUAGAAACGCCUGUCCCCUACCAGCUUGCUGUAGAAACGCCUGUCCCCUACCAGCUUGCUGUAGAAACGCCUGUCCCCUACCAGCUUGCUGUAGAAACGCCUGUCCCCUACCAGCUUGCUGUAGAAACGCCUGUCCCCUACCAGCUUGCUGUAGAAACGCCUGUCCCCUACCAGCUUGCUGUAGAAACGCCUGUCCCCUACCAGCUUGCUGUAGAAACGCCUGUCCCCUACCAGCUUGCUGUAGAAACGCCUGUCCCCUACCAGCUUGCUGUAGAAACGCCUGUCCCCUACCAGCUUGCUGUAGAAACGCCUGUCCCCUACCAGCAUGCUCAUGCUGUAGAAACGCCUGUCCGCUACCAGCUUGCUGUAGAAACGCCUGUCCCCUACCGGCUUGCUGUAGAAACGCCUGUCCCCUGCCAGCUUGCUGUAGAAACGCCUGUCCCCUGCCGGCAUGCUAUAGACGAAACCGCUCAAAUGGAAGACUCCAUUGGGUCCAUUUAUCUGCACCUGCAAAGCCUAAGGCAGACCUUGUUUUCCAAAUAUGUGGACGAAGUUUGCACUUUAAAAAAGCAGCACAAGGCAGAAUUGGAUCAGCUUAGGACCGAGCUGGCGGAGAAGUCCGAAGCGGAGAAGGCAACUCUGAGACAGGAAAUCAUCCAGCUGACAAGCGCCAAGCAAAUGACUGUAAAUGGCAGUUUCCAGCCCACUUUGUGUCCAAUUUCAGAGGAAAAGAGCGAUGCUGACCUCAAUCAGUUGCUGGAGGAGCGCUACCAGGAGAAGAUUGAGCAAGAAAUUGCACGAGUUAUUGUUGAGAUGUCGAUUGCAUUCGCCCAACAAACUGAGCUCGCUCGACUGUCCUCUUUGGAGGUCGCUGAACAACAGAACCUUUCCCAGGAUCAGACUGAGACCCCUGAACAGGAUACAGAGGGUCUGACUAAUGAGCAGACACGGGAUGUGCAGGUGAUGGGCCUGGAACAACAGGAGAGCGCCCAGUUAGAAGAACUUCCAGUCACUGAUACUAGUGAUGUAUAUUUAGUUGAUCAGAAGCAUGAAGGCCUGACCCUUGGCCAACAAGAUACCAAAGCUGAAACAGAGACCCAGCCCAAAGAAAGACCCAUGGUUCUCAAAGAGGAGGAACAUAACCAGAUCGCUGCAAUGGGCGCCGAGGCUGCCAAGUUUAAGCAAAUGUACGAGGAGCGGGUAGAGGAAAUGAGACAAGAACUGGUGAGACAGGAACAGGAAUACCAGCAGGCCGCUGAGGCUCUGAGACUGGCUCACACCGCACAGCUAGAGAGACAAAUGUACGACCAGGAGCAGCUGCUAUCUGAGGUGCACCGGCUGAGGGCACAGCUGGCAGAGAACGCCUCGGCGAUCAGCGAAAACCAGGCCACGGAGAGGGAGAAGAUUCUACGGGAAGAACUGGAUUCCAUGAAGCAGCGGUGUGCUGAAGUCACGGAGAGGACCCGGGAUUGUAUCCUGCAGGAUAGCAGCUCGCAGACACAGGUAUAG